AUGUUACACAAGCUUUUGGGAGCUCAAAGGGCUAGAAAAUUCUACAGAUUUCUCAGACAUUGUAAGGUUACAAUCCUCUGUCUUGUCCUCACCAUUGUUGUCCUACGUGGCACAAUCGGCGCCGGUAAAUUCGGUACGCCGGAGCAAGAUUUUGUUGACAUUCGCAACCGCUUCACCUCUCGUAAGCUACCUGAAUCUCAUCGCAUUCUCGCCGAGAUUCAUUCGUCUUCCACUUCUUCUUCCUCUCGUUCAGACAUUUCUGCAAACAAUUACAAUGCAUUCGACAUCAACACAAUAUUGGUCGAUGAAGAAGAACAGAAAGAAGACAAAAAAAGCAGCUCCGACAAGGCUUAUCGUUUAGGACCGAAGAUUUCGAAUUGGGAUAAGCAGAGAUCAAAAUGGCUUAAUGACAACCCUGAUUUCCCGAAUUUCAUUCGACCCGGAAAGCCUCGUGUGCUUUUGGUAACUGGGUCGUCGCCAAAACCGUGUGAGAAUCCGGUGGGUGAUCAUUACUUGUUGAAGUCUAUUAAGAACAAGAUUGAUUAUUGUCGUUUACAUGGUAUUGAAGUGUUUUACAAUAUGGCUCUUUUGGAUGCUGAAAUGGCUGGUUUUUGGGCGAAGCUUCCUUUGAUUCGUAAGCUUCUUUUAUCACACCCUGAAGUGGAGUUUUUGUGGUGGAUGGAUAGUGAUGCCAUGUUUACAGAUAUGGCUUUUGAAGUUCCGUGGGAGAGGUAUAAAGACUCUAAUUUGGUGAUGCAUGGUUGGGAUGAGAUGGUGUAUGAUGAGAAGAAUUGGAUUGGGUUGAAUACUGGGAGUUUUUUGUUGAGAAACUGUCAAUGGUCAUUGGAUAUUCUUGAUGUUUGGGCACCAAUGGGACCAAAAGGGGAAGUUAGGGAAGAAGCUGGGAAAAUACUUACGCGGGAACUCAAAGAUCGGCCGGUUUUCGAAGCCGAUGAUCAAUCUGCUAUGGUUUAUUUGUUGGCUAAGGAGAAGGAAAUAUGGGGUGAUAAGGUUUAUCUUGAGAAUGGUUACUACUUGCAUGGAUAUUGGGGGAUUUUGGUUGAUAGAUAUGAGGAAAUGAUUGAGAAUUAUCAUCCUGGUUUUGGUGAUCAUAGAUGGCCAUUGGUGACUCAUUUUGUGGGAUGUAAGCCUUGUGGGAAGUUUGGUGAUUAUCCUGUUGAGAGAUGCUUGAAGCAGAUGGAUAGAGCUUUCAAUUUUGGUGAUAAUCAGAUAUUGCAGAUUUAUGGAUUCACACAUAAGUCAUUGGUUAGUAGGAGAGUUAGGAGAAUAAGGAAUGAGACUAGUAAUCCUCUUGAGGUUAAAGAUGAACUUGGUUUGCUUCAUCCUACUUUUAAAGCUGUUAAGGUAUCUUCUUCUAGCUGA